GGGACCCGGUGUCACAAGACAUUGACAGAUCUCGCGAGAACUCCGCCCUCUAUCCUCUCUUCCCGGGGCUUAGUUGCGGCGCAUGCGCCUACUGCGCUGUCUGACCUUGCCUGUAGUCACCAUGUUGUCCCGCAGCAGCGUCGUCCUCUUUCAGCCUCAAUGGGGUCAAGUCAGGAACAUGGCAACCUUGAAGGACAUUACCAGGCGAUUGAAAUCCAUCAAGAAUAUCCAGAAGAUCACUAAGUCCAUGAAGAUGGUGGCAGCAGCCAAGUACGCCAGAGCUGAAAGAGAGCUGAAGCCAGCCAGAGUAUAUGGGACCGGAGCUUUAGCAUUGUAUGACAAAGCUGAAAUUAAGGCCCCUGAAGACAAGAAGAAGCACCUUCUUAUUGGGGUGUCUUCAGAUAGAGGUCUUUGUGGUGCUAUUCAUACCUCUGUGGCCAAAGCCAUUAAGAAUGAAAUUUCUACCCUUUCGGCUACUGGAAAAGAAGUAAAGGUUGUUGGAAUAGGGGACAAGCUGAGAGGCUUACUUCACAGGAGUCAUGGUAAUCACUUACUUGUGACCUUCAAGGAAGUUGGCAGGAAGCCUCCAACUUUUGGUGAUGCAUCUACUAUUGCUUCAGAGCUGCUGAACUCCGGCUAUGAGUUUGACCUGGGCUCCGUGGUGUUCAAUAGAUUUAGGUCUGUGAUCUCUUACAAGACAGAGGAAAAGCCAUUCUUCUCUCUGGAUACUGUUUCAAAUUCUGAGAGCAUCACAGUCUAUGAUGAUGUUGACGCAGAUGUGCUGAGAAAUUACCAGGAGUUUUCUUUGGCAAACAUCAUCUACUUCACUUUGAAAGAGUCCACCACCAGUGAGCAGAGUGCCAGGAUGACUGCUAUGGACAACGCCAGCAAGAAUGCUUCUGAGAUAAUUGACAAGUUGACAUUGUCUUUCAACCGUACCCGUCAAGCCGUCAUCACCAAGGAGCUUAUCGAGAUCAUCUCUGGUGCUGCUGCUCUAUAAUGUACCAUUGGCUUGCAACUUGUCUGGAUCUAAAUGUCUCAAGGGAUUUGUCUAUUUGUGAAGAAAGCCAACAUUUGUAAAUUAUAUUACAAUAAACAUCUUACAUGGAAUUACUGUA